UCUUUCUCAAAAUCCAAAGCAUCUAACCUUCAUAAGCCACUAAUAUAAGAUCACUCAAAGCUGGAUGGACAGCUGAGACUUUAACCUAAUGUCCGCCGUCAAUAUUUGUACAGUAAACGCGACGGAUUAGCAGAAAAACGAGUUUAAACAGAAGGAGGGACAAAGACACCAGGGUCCACAACGAUGAGAAGAGGCAUCCCAUCAGCCCCGGAGAAAGUCAUAGUCGCAGGGGUUGGUGGCUCUUCGCUGGACAAAAACGUAUUUUUAACAGCACUGUCCGAUCGCUUCACCUCUAAUCUGUCCACUACCACAUAUAUACAGAUUAUAACCCCGCCGCCGUGCGUUACACAGAUCUCAAAUGUCUGUCUGUCCGACCUUCCAACAGCCAGUUUAUACACGACUCCAAACGGAACACAUGGAACCGGACAGCGACCCACUUUAGGACGACCACCGGCAAAAAGGCGGUUGGAACUGGAUGACAAUGAUCACCUUUACAUGACUGAAGGAGCCAAAACCCCCAAGACACAAAAUGGAACUCCACUUGGCAUUUUAAAGGCUCCGAAGUCUCCAGCAGAGAAGACAAGGUAUGACACCUCCUUGGGCCUCCUGACGAAGAAGUUUGUGGAGCUUUUGGCCCAAUCGUCUGAUGGUGUGGUGGACCUGAAUCAGGCCUCUGAGAUCCUCAAAGUCCAGAAGAGGCGUCUUUACGACAUCACCAAUGUUCUUGAGGGUGUCCACCUCAUUAAAAAGAAAUCCAAAAACAACAUUCAGUGGAUGGGCUGCAGUCUGUCUGAGGUAGGUGGUGUUUUGUCUGAGAGACAGACCCUGAGCAGUGAACUAACUCAACUCGUCCAGGAAGAGCACAGACUCGAUGAAUUGAUACAGAGUUGUACUCAGGAAGUCAAGCGUAUGACUGAGUCAUCGCAUAAUCAAAAAUUUGCAUAUGUGACAUAUCAAGACUUGCGCCAGGACCGUGGCCUGAGGGAUCAGACUGUAAUCGUGGUCAAAGCACCGUCAGAAACAAAACUGGAAGUGCCAGAUCCCCAAGAGAGUCUACAGGUGCACCUGACCAGCACAAAGGGUCCUAUAGAUGUCUUCCUGUGUCCAGAUGAGAGCGCGACUGACAGUCCUGUAAAAAACAGCAGCUUUGGUGUCAAGGAAAGCUCCUCACCUUUCAUGAAAGUAUUAAAUGAUGCCAGUUCCAGUCUUUCUGGCCCAGCCGUAACUGUUACCAGCCUGUCCCCCAUCACCUCCCCAUUCACCAGUCUCCUUCAGCAAACAGAAGAUCAGAUCCCCUGCAGUGAAGGACCCUUCAUCAGCCUGGGUUCCCCUCCGUUCAGUGACGAUUACCUGAUGAGCCUGGAGGAGGAGAAGGGCAUCACAGACCUCUUCAAUGACCUGGACAGGCUUCCGAAUCUAGAUGACCUCUUGUGCAAUUGAGGCCAUUCCUACCCCAUUCUUCAACCAUCAGGUCUCAGGCCUGUCCAGAUCAAGCGUCUGCCUCUCUUGAGGGAUCCAGGUUUGUUAGCAGCCUUAAAGAUGGAAGAGUUCUUGAAUCAUGAGUUUUUUUCUCCCCGGAACUCAUCCAUCCACGCAUAGAUCUGCCUUACAGAGUCUUCUCCCCAGCUGUAAUUAACAUCGUUCUCUCUUUAGUGUUUACCGUGUUCAAAGUAAAUGGGACAGAACUAGGGCUGUCACGAUUAAGAAAUGUGGCUGACGAUUAAUUGUCAAACAAAUAAUUGCUAUUAUGAUGAUUGUCUGUUUUAGGGCUGUUAUGAUUAAUUGUUAUAUAAGAAUUCAUUUAAGAAGACAUUUUUACAUAUUUAACUUCAAAUACAGUAUAAAAUAGUAAAAUUGUGAUAAACUAUGAUUUCCUUUUAAGGCUUUAAAAAUGUAUAAAUUACAUAAAAUAUGGUAUCAAACAAUUUCUAAAUAAUUAAAAUGUCUCUUUUUGGUCAACUUUAGUUUUGGUCAAUUUUAAAUUCACACUUGUUUUUUGAACUUUUUGAAUAUAAUUUAUAAUUGUUUUUAAUCAAAUAUAUAUUUUAUAUUCUAAUAUAUAUAUAUACUGUAUAUUAUAUUUAUAUUAUGCAAUAGUAAAAUUUCUUUACUAAUUUCUUUUCACCUUCACACUUUAUUUAAAUGCUCUGAUUAAACCCACAAGCCCUUAUUUGUCAUGAAGUAAAACCUUUGUGAUUAUGUUUCAUCAUUUUAUCACUCCACAGAAUAGUGUGUGUCUCCUCUGUGUCACUGCGUGUCAUUAACACAGUGUGUAUGAACCAGGAACAUUUGCCAUUACGUGAUUGUUUAAAGUGAACCCGAGUGCUCUGCGUUCACUAUAAAAGUUUGAUAGUUUGGCGCAGGCCUCUGCUGACAGCUUGCGCCUCAGAGUGCGUCACACACUCUUCAGGACUGGAGCUGUUUUGGUUCAGUGACGCUCCGACUCGUGUCUGAGCUUAGCUGGUUGACACAAACGUGAUGUUCAUGUCGUUUAUACAGUACAUUACCGGUAGCUUAAAAUUCCCACAAUCCACGAUCAGACAGUUAUUUAAUAAUUGCGAAAGGCCUAGACUUAAUUAUUUUACAUUUCAAAUCUUCGAAGGGAAGAGUCCCUGUGGUCUCAUUCUGUGGUCUCAUUGGUUCCUUUAGAGAUUGAUGUUGGUUGCUUGGUGGAAAUGUCUGGUCAACCUUAUUUACUAUAUUACAUAAGACACACAUUCAUACUGACUAAGCAAAGUUUUUUUUAUCCACACUUAAACCAUUUUGUUAUACUGUAACAGAAGUCUUGUUUGGAUUUAUUAUUAUUUUUUCCUGCUUGAUCUGCUUUUAAAUGUAAGGCAGGUGCCCUUUUUUCCCCUUUUCUUUAGCAUGGUACACUUUUUACUGUCAGUGUAAUUUGAUAAGGCACUAGGUACUAUAUUCUACCUCCUGAAUUAAUAUUUAUGGUAUGUAACUUACAAUGCUGUUGCUUGAUAUUGUAUUCAUAUCUUUAAUUUAAGUCCACAUAGGACUGUCAACCCACUAUCUGUAGUGUUUAUUUGGAUACAUUACUUGGUGAGUUUGUUUUUUUUGAAAAAUCUGUUCUUGAUUUUUGGUUGCAAUCAUUUUGGGAUAAAGAUGAUUAGAAAUUGCUGGUUGAGGUCAUGCUUAUUUGCAUUUGGGCAGCUGGCGUGUGGCUUGCAGCAUUUAGUUCUUGCACCAAUCAUAAUUAUUUCCCCACUAUAGGAUGGGUUGAGUAAUAAACUUGCAUAACUGAAGUUAAAUACUUGAAAAAGGAAAGAGAUGGAAUAUUAGUACUGAUCAUUAGUCUAGUAGAAUUUGCCCCAACCCAAUAUCUGUAAUAUCAACUUUUAUAUUGGUCUCAAAGCUGAAAAGCUAAUAGCACAAAACACCUGAUAUAUUUAAAAUAUUUGAUAAUCUGUGGUAAAAUUUUCUUAUGUUGAGUUUUUUCGCCAAGAUUCAUCAAUGUGUCAAUUAUGCAAUAUUGCUGUUGUCAUCCAUAUGUCAUGCACAAUGUUUUUUUAUUUUUUUUAUAUAUAUAUAAAGUUAUUGAUUAUAAUCAUGAAUGUAACAUUUUUACUCUUUAUUGCACAAACUCAAAUUGGGAAAAAUGUAUAAUUGUAAAUAUCCACAAGUGAUGGUGCAGCUCUUCAGUAUUUAUUUCACACGUGAAUUUAACCUGAAUUUUACCUAUUUAAUUUACUUACAUAAAAACUGUACUCAGUUAAUAUCUUUGAUAGUCUGCGCAGUUUCUGUAAAUGUUUGUCCCGUUUGAUAUUUUCUCUUCUUUUUUUUUUGCUAACGUCAUAUAUUUUUCUCAUGUUUGUUGACAUGGUAGGAAUGGAUGAGACAAAUGUUUCACUCGGCUAUGCGUAAUGAACUAUUCUAUUCAUAGUGUAUUUUCUUUUGAUAUACUAGCAUGAAAGCGACUGACAUGUGAAAAUGUGUAAAAUAUUAGGUUGGUAUUUCUAAUGUUUAUUUGAUGAGAUUUAGCUUUGUAUAUUCAAGUUUAUUGACUGCUUUGAUAUCAAUUGAACAUAAAUAUUUGAACAGGGGUGUUUUGGGGGAAGCCAUUUGAGGGUACUUUGUCCAUUCUGAUGGUUUGGAAAUUCUCAACAUAAUAAAAUUAAAGCAAUACCACAU